AUGCCAAGAGGACCCUUUUGCCUUCCCGUGGAAGCUCCGUUCUACGGGCAGUCUGCGGCCAUGAAAGACUCCGUUGACUCCGAAGAAAUACAACCGAUUUCCAUAUCUCCUGCCUACCUUAAUGCAAACAGUGUGGUCGAGCAAAUUAGGGAAGGCAUUCCCUGCUUAGUGGAAUCGAAGUGCUUAAGCUGCACAGCAGUCCCCAGUGGAAACAGUGGUUAUCCAAAAUUGGCAGGGCCCAACGAGAGGCAUGGUGUUCCAAAUCAUCCACAAAACUCUCCUAGCGGCAGUAGAUCGCGAGUACGUUUGGCCAUCCUCAGUACCCACCGGAAUGAGGAGGUGCUCGGGCUUGCCCCACACAUGGGGGCCUCAAUGGGAGUAUGCAGGGUUCCCGAGGCUGUUUCGUGGACACCACCAAACGAAUUUGCCUCCACUCUGCCUUCAUUGAGAAUGGCGCCAUUAAAGGACAAGCUGCUAACUUCAGAGCUAGCAGAUCCAUCGGAUAACAAAAGACCGUACCUUGCAGUGAGUACUGAAAAGAUGCACACUGAUUAUGAGGCUUCGUCUGCAGGACCCCCAAAGAAAAACAAAUUGGGGCAGACAAGAAUAUCACCGGCUGGCCUGGAGAGUUCCUGCGCAUCUAAGCACGAACCACAGCAGAUGCGUGCAGCAGCAACUACACAACCUGGGGGACGCGCGCACGAAAAGGGGCUGGAGACUAUGACGGCUGUGUACGGAAGGCCUGGCACUUGGACGCCACGAGGAACGCGGCCUCGACUGAGUAUAUUCAAUCAGGGAGAGCAUGUGGCAGCUAAGAUGUACUUUCACCCCACCAAAAUGGCAUGGCGAUCAGAGCUGCUAGUAGAUGGCUGCAAAAGACAGCGAUCUUUUUCUUGCAAGCUGUACGGAUUUGAACGGGCGAGAAUGAUGUGCGAGUGGUCGAGGGAUUUCGUGUUGCGCACAGCCCGACUGCCGACAGACGACGAAACCCGGGUAGCUGUCGGACGACUGAUGGUUAAUUACUUCGGAAAGGACGGCCCUAUACCGAAGUUUUUCUACUACAGUAGCGGUGUGAGUCAUGCUCCUUUUCUUUUGCUGAAGCGUCUCAACACCCCAGAAAUGAAAGAACAGCACUCGCUGGCCCGUAAUUUUCUGCGCCAAGUGAUUGAGAAAAACAGACAAAUUUAUGACAGUGACGGAGAAGGGCUCUCUGAGGAAGAACCAGGCAUGCUUACCCUGUGA